GAUGUUAUGGAGCUGCUGGGUGACUGGUGGGUCCUCUUCUGCUUGCCCCCGCUCCCACCACCCACCGUGUCUCUCAGAUGAUGUCACAUUCAAUGGGAAAGUUCUGUAUCUGUAACGCGGGGCGGGGUAUGAGGGGGGGUUGAUGUCCAUCCCAGUGGAACCAAAUGAAGAUUGCUGAGCCCCCAUCUCUCCAUCUGGAAAAGGAAUGGGAGAGAGCCUGUUAGUGAGUCACCGUGAGGAUUCCACUGAGUGGGAUCACUCGUUAAAGCCUCCAGCCCAGGGCCUAGCACAGAGUAGCCCGGGUGUGCCCUGGGCUGGCACAUAGUUCCUGCAAGCCUCCCUUUCCUCACCUGGAAAGGAGGUUAACAAGAGCCCCAGCAACCGAGGAGGGUGGUUUCAGGCAGAGGGAGCUCAGCACAGCAGCUGGCACUGAGCAGGGCCUUGUGAAACAGCGGCUGCCUCCAUCCAUGCCAGGCACUGUUCCAAGUUCUUCUACCCUGGCCUAAUGUCAUUCUCGCGAGUCCAGAAGUAAUUCCCUCUGACAUUCUGAUGUUUCAGUGAUGCCAGCCUGGUCUGUCCUGCUGCCUGCGUGUGGCCCGCUGAGCAGCCCAGCCCCUCCUCUCCAGCGGGGCCUUGGCAACCCAGCCCUCAUUGGCUGCACGUAUCCUUGGAGACGUCCCCGCAGAGCAAACAGGCCACAGGGCUCCGGGCAGAAUGGUUCCUCCCUCCACACCCUGUCCCCUCCCACUGCCAUGAGGGAUCUCUGCACCACCCAGAGCCAAGCCUGCUGGCAAGAGCGCAUCCAGAAGGAGACCACAGCCCGGGUCACCUGGAAGAUCAACUAUGGCCACAAGUACCUGAAGGAGGGACCCGUGCCCAAGAAGCGGCUGCAGCGGGCCCCCCUCAGGUUAGCCUUGGGAGCAGGGCCCUUGCCUGCCACCAGCGCCCCUGAGAGCAAGGAAAUACAGGAUGGAUGGUCAGAGACCAAGGGGGUCUGGGAUCAACUGUCCAGGGGAGUGGGCGUCCAGGGCCCCCCACCCAAGGGAGAGAAGGCCUGGGAGGCCCAAAGAGCCCCUCGGGAGUCAGCAGUCCAUUCCAGGCCAGGGGGCUUAGAAAUGAUGCAGGUCCCCACCAGCACCUUGCAGCUGCUCUUCCAAGGCAUCUCCCACGAUGGCCAAGGCCGGGCCUCGUACCUCCGUGAGCGGCAUCGGCAGAAGCCAGAGGAGAAGUUUCUGUACCCGGUCUUGUCAUCCUGGGAGUACGGCUGGCACAUGGGGGACAUCAUGAAGGACUCCAGGGCUCCAACAUAUGCCAGGUGCCAGCCCAUCUCAAAGACCUUUUACAUCAAGAGUAGCGUCUUCCAUUUUCCACGGCGAACAGACCAGCUAAGCUGAGCUCAAGGGGGGCUCAGAGGCUGCUCCUGCCUUCUCCUGCAGUCUGUCUGGACCCCGCUGCGCAGAGACGCUGCUGCUCCACCCACCUUCCCUCCGUUUGUCCGGCCCUGUCUCCUCUGUGGAGCAUGAGGGGACAUGAGUGCUUUUCUCUACCUCUGGGACUCAGGGUGGCCCACCUGCAGCCUCUUGGAUAUCCUCAGGGACCUCAGCUCCUGGCACAGCCCUGCCCCCACCAUCACCAGCCAAGUGUGGGGUGCUCGCUGCCCUCCCAGUGUCCCAGCACCAGAGCAGGGGGGAAAGGGAGGGGCUCAC